CCGGCGCAGCCACUGCGCAGCCUCCCGCGCGGCUCCGGCCGGGCCUGCGCGCGGCGCCGGGAGACUCAGGCGGCCCCGGCUCCCGGCCGGCGCCCCUCGCCCCGCGUCCCCAGCAGGCCUCGCCGUGUCCUCCGGCCGCUUCCUCGGCCCGCCCGGCCUCGCCAUGGCGCUCAACAAUUUCCUCUUCGCGCAGUGCGUCUGCUACUUCCUGGCCUUUCUGUUCAGCUUCGUGGUGGUGGUGCCGCUGUCUGAGAACGGCCACGACUUCCGCGGCCGCUGCCUGCUCUUCACCGAGGGCAUGUGGCUGAGCGCCAACCUGACGGUGCAGGAGCGCGAGCGCUUCACCGUGCAGGAGUGGGGGCCGCCUGCCGCCUGCCGCUUCAGCCUGCUCGCCAGCCUGCUUUCUCUGCUGCUCGCCGCCGCUCACGCCUGGCGCACGCUCUUCUUCCUCUGCAAGGGACACGAGGGCUCCUUCCUCUACGCCUUCCUGAACCUGCUGGUCAGCGCCUUCGUGGUCUUCCUGGUCUUCAUCGCCAGCACCAUCGUGAGCGUGGGCUUCACCAUGUGGUGUGACGCCAUCACCGAGAAGGGCACCGUGCCCCACAGCUGUGAAGAGCUCCAGGGCAUCGACUUGGAGCUGAACGUGGACAACUCUGCCUUCUAUGAUCAGUUCGCGAUUGCCCAGUUCGGCCUCUGGGCCUCGUGGCUGGCCUGGCUGGCCAUCACCGUCUUGGCCUUCCUGAAAGUCUACCACAACUACCGCCAGGAGGACCUGCUGGACAGCCUGGUCCACGAGAAGGAGCUGCUGCUGGCCCGGCCCGCCCCCCGGGCCGCCUUCCAGGAUGAGAAGAGCGCCGUCAUCUAGGCCGGCUGGCCCCCACCCGGGCUGGGGGCACGUGCUGCCCUGGGCCGUGGCCCUGGUUCUGCCCAGCCCCCACGCCUUGCAUGCCUCCCCUCGGCUCUGUGUGCAGUGCUGAGCGACCCCCUCACUGGGCACCCGGUUCCCACCCUGAACCGGCCUGGCAGCUGGCGGGGCUGGGGCCACCCUCAGCCCUGGGCCGGGGGCGCCUCCCCCAGGCUCCAUGCAGGGGCCUCCGGCCGUCCCUGGGGGUGAGCCUUGGGGAGGCCCCCGGCCAGUGGGUGUGCUGUGGUCAUGGCUCCCCACAGGCCUCAGCUGGAUGCCAUCUGUGUGACCUGCCAGGUCCCGUGGCAGCAGCCUGCGGCCCCAGUGUGGCCCCAGUGGGACCCCAGUGGCCCACGAUGGCCACACGUCACUCUCGUCACCCACUCCUGAACCGUGCAGGGGGAUGAGGAGCCCACCACUUGCGGGCCAAGCGCUGCGUGUGGGAAGGAGCCCCUCGCCCCGGUGGCCCCCAGGGCUAAGAGCCCCUCUGCGCCGGCUCCAGAGCCCCUGGGAAAGCACAGGGUGGUGGGUUGGCCUGGAGUCAGGCCGCAGCGGUGGUGCAGGCUUCCUGGGGGCCUGGCCUGGGGAGGCCCCAGGGCCCACCUGUGGGCUGGGCCUGUGCUUGUGGGGUGGAGACGUGGGCUCCGGAUGUGGGGGUGACAUCUUGCAGGGGAGAGGGGCCAGGUGCCACUGCGGGUGUAUGAGUGCAUGUGAGGCGUGUGAGGGUGUGGACGUGUGUGUGAUGUGAGUGCACGUGGUCACAGUGUGUGCGAGCAUGCGUGAGUGUGCACAUGAGCUUGCACGGCGAGGUGUGAGCGUGUGUGAAUGUGUUGUGUGUACACAUGGGUGUGCCCGUGCACAAGUGUGUGUGCGAGCGCGGUCUGUGGGUGGAGAGCAGAGCGGGCAGCUGUCUGCAUCCCCAUCCCCAGGGCCCCCCGUACCCCAGAGGAGGGGCCGCUUUCCCAUCUCAGGGGGCCCCGAGGGUGCAGUCCUGCUCCCGUGGCAGCAGGCGGAGGACCUGGGGGAGGACCCGGGGCCUGGGAUUUGGUGCUGAGCCACCUGGGGCUGCCUGGCUGUGGAUGCCGCUCAGGGCUCCCAGCUCAGGAGGCAGGCCUGGCCUGCGUGAUCGUUUGCAGUGGCUCCAUCUCCCUGAAAGGAGGGGCCUGGGGCGUCCAGAGGCCGUGGAUCUGGGCCUGGGUCUGGGGGCCCGUGUGGCAGGCGGCCUGGCCCUGGGAAGCACAGUGCAGGUCACUUGUCGUGAUGUGCUCGGCUGGUACCUUUCUGGAGGGGCUCGGGGCGGAGGUGAUAGAGGCUCCUGGCAUCUUAGAUGCUCUGGCCCUUGGCCUGGCUGGGGGUUCUGGCCAGAGGAUCAGGGACCUUGGGGAGGGGGUUUGACAGAACCUGAGGCCCCCAAGGGGAUCUGCCUGCCCAGUCCACUGGUCCCUGAGAGCUCCUGGUCUGUUCCCCACAGAAGGGGGUGGCUCUGCCUUGUCCCCCAGCAGGCGGCAGCCAUCUGGGCCCUGGAGGGCGAAGCAGGCCCUGGAUGUGGGCUUCUGGACUGGAGGCUCUGCUGCAGGUGUGGGUGUGCCGGGGCACUUGUGGGUGGCCUGGAGCGUCUGGGCAGCCCUUCGGUCAGACCAGCAGAGACCUGUGUCCACUUACAGGGCCACCUGCAGAGCAGAAUGGUCGCUGACAUACAGGCUGUCGUGGGCCAGCUGCACUGGCACCCCCAGACUUCCCAUCCUGCGGCUCCUGGGAAGGGCACGGCUGGCCUCGGGGAGGGUGCCCUGGGACAGGAGCCAGUGGCCUCGCAGUGGGCUGGGAGGGCCCCCUGGGGCUGGACAGGAGGGGCCGGCCGUGCCCCGGGGCCCCUGAGGAGGGUCUGCCCUGCUUCCUCAAUGCCUGCUUCUCCCCACUGCUGUUUGAUAAUGGACAUCCUAUUUUAAUUCUACUCCAGCUUAACUGAAAGUGAAGGGUCUUCAACGCAAAUGUAUUUAUUUCUCAAGUCAAAAUAAAAACAAAAAUACCUGAGCCUCUAA